CGAAAUAAAAAUUAAAUAAAUUUUAACCCACACCCCCACUCUUUAUCUUCAUAAAUAAAAACCCCCCACAACAGAAAUUCACCCAUCAUUUUGCCAUUUUAUUUUUCUUUUCUUUUAUUUAUUUUUCUUCAGCUGUUAAUUUGUCACGGCAAAAGGAGCUUAUAAGCUAUAGCUGCAAAUUAAAACACAAAAUCGCAACCAAAGAAGAUAGAAAAAAAAAUAGAAAUCAAUUUGGCCGCCUUCUUGCAAGAUGCUCGGCGUGACCGCAGGCCUCACGGGCACUCCCGGAGGCGGAGCCCCGCCGGCGGCGAGAGAAGGCCAGGAGAGCGGCGGCGCUAGCGGGGGCAGCAGCGAGGUCGGCGGGCCGGGACCGAUCAAUCCGGGCGGCGGCGGGGGAUUUGACGAGAGCGAUAGGAGUGUCGGCGGCGGCGGGAACCGGUGGCCGCGGCAGGAGACGGUAGCUCUGCUGAAAAUCCGGUCGGACAUGGACGCCGUUUUUAGGGAUGCGAGCCUCAAGGGGCCAUUAUGGGAGGAAGUUUCCAGAAAAAUGGCGGAGCUCGGAUUUCAACGCAGCGCCAAAAAGUGCAAGGAGAAAUUCGAAAACGUCUACAAAUACCACAAGCGGACAAAAGACGGCCGCGCGGCCAAACCCGACGGCAAGAGCUACCGCUUUUUCGACCAGCUCGAGGCCUUCGAGUCCUCCUCCGUGGCCGCCGCCCCUCCUCCUCCUCCUCCGCGCCCUCCGCCAACCACCGCCGCCCAACCUCCACCUCCACCGCCGCCCAACCUCCAAAUCAUCCCACCCAACAUCACCGCCUCCUCCUCCAACAGCCCAACUCCGCUAACCAUAAUCCCCCCAAUCUCAGCCGCGCCACCUUUUCCUCCGCCGUCCUCCUCAACCUCUUCAGACGAGGACAUGCAGAUGGAGCGGCGGCGGCGCCGCCGGAAGAGAAAUUGGGAGGAAUACUUCGAAGGGCUCGUGGGUGAGAUUGUUCGGAAGCAGGAGGAGAUGCAGAAUCGAUUUCUAGAAGCUCUCGAGCGGCGGGAGCUCGAACGGGCCGCCCGGGAUGAAGCUUGGCGGGCCGAGGAGGCAGCCCGGUUUGGCCGGGAGCGCGAGUUUCUGGCCCAAGAGCGGUCCGCGGCCGCCGCUAAAGAUAAGGCCGUGCUUGCACUUCUGCAGAAAGUCGCCCGGGAGCAGAAUCUGCAGAUUCCGAUGAACCCCGAUAAGCCGCCGCCGGCUCCUCCGGCGGCGGCGGCGGCGGAUCCACCGGAAGCAGAGGCGGCGGCGGGGGGAUCGUCCAGGUGGCCGAAGGCGGAGGUGGAGGCGCUGAUAAAGCUGAGGAUGGGGAUGGAAAUGAAGUAUCAGGAGAACGGGCCGAAGGGCCCGUUGUGGGAGGAGAUAUCGGGGGAGAUGGGGAAGCUGGGUUACCGGAGGAGCGCCAAGAGGUGCAAGGAGAAGUGGGAGAAUAUUAACAAAUACUAUAAGAAGGUGAAGGAGAGUAAGAAGACGAGGCCCGAGGAUUCGAAGACGUGUCCGUAUUUCCACCAGCUUGAGGAGAUUUACAGGGAAAAGGGAAGCGGGCCGAGGCGGGCCGAAGGUGGGAUGCCAGCGGCGAUAAUGGCCCGGCCCGAACAGCAGUGGCCGAUUUCCGAGCAGCAGGGGGUGAAUCCGGUGAUGAUGAUGAUGCAUGGUAACGAGAGCAAACACAGUCACGAGGAGGAGGAUGAGGAUGAUGAUGAGGAAUAUGAUGACGAGGAUGAGGAUGAUGACGAGGCGGCGGCGGCGGCAUAUGAGAUUAUGGCGAGCAAGCAGCCCCAGCAGCAGCCGGCGGCUUCAGUGGGUAACGCGGCGGAGUAAGGCGUGAGAGAAUAGGAUGAAGGGAGAGUAUACUUUUGUGUCAGAAUGGGUGAAAAGAAAAUUAUUCAAGGACGAUUAAAAAUGGGGAGGAAAAAGUUACGGAGGGGUUAAAAGGUAUGAUGUAGGGAUGUAGGGGUAAUUUUUUUUUCUUUUUUCUUUUUAUAUAUGUUUAU